CUUGUGUCUAACCCCGCACACCUCGCGAUGACCACCGAUGCGAACAGCGACUCUUCGGAGUCCAAGCCGGGCGAACGCCGGGCCGGGGUCCAGGUGUUGGAGCAAGAGGAGGAGCGGGAGCCAAGCGAGGAGGAGAUCAAGGAAUAUGCGGAGUUCCUGGGCCUCGACGUGGAAAAGGAGCCGGACCUCUUGUGGAUCGCCAAGGAAGGUGUCUGCGCGCCGGUGCCGGCGCCUUGGAAGGCCUGCACCGAGAACGGGGACGACGUGUUCUACUGGAACUUUGAGACCGGGGAAUCCAUUUGGGACCACCCGGCAGACGAGAGUUACCGCCAGUUGCUCGAAGACAAGCGGAAAGAGAAGGCAGCAAAGGAAAAAGCCAAAGAAGGGUCUGGAAAGGAGGAGCCAAAGGAAGCAAAGCCAGAACCAAAAGAGGAGGCGUCAAAUGGCGAUGAAGUCGUAACGGAACCGGCUGGAAAGAAGCCGGAUGUUGCGAAAGAGGACUUGAGCGCCUCCGUGUCAGCGUCAAUAGAGGAGUCCUUUUCUGCAUCUUUCUCUGCGGAGAGUGCUAGUGCUAAGCCGUUGGCUGAGGUCAAACCCUUGGCUGAGGCCGACAAGCCUUUGGCUGAGGCCGUCAAUGCUUCAACUAGCAAAUCCGAGGCUGAGGAGAGUGGAGCCUUGGCUGAGGCCAAGGAGGCUGGCAAGCCUUUGGCGACUGGCAAGCCCUUGGAGGCCAACAAGCCCUCUGAGAGGACAGACAAAGCUGAUGACCCGCCAUCCGCUGGUAUCGGCUUGGCUGGUGUGGGCCUUGGCGGGGUGCAGAUAGGCCCGCGGGGUGCUGUCGGGAAAGAGCCCAAAAAGAUUGACAGCCUUCCCGAGCUGGAGGAGGUCGACAACUCUACCAGUCACAGCGCCCCUCCCCGGCCCAAGACGGAGAAAAUCGGGGGCUCGGGAGGAUCCGGGUCCGGGUCCAACCCGGUGGCCCAGUCUGACGGGGAGCUCUCGGAGGACUUCAUGAGCGAUCUUGGGAGCCCUGAGAACUCAGGGCUCUUGGCUCCGAAUUCCAAGGAACGGGCCCACUCGCGGGCCAACUCGGGGGACCACACCCUGGACCUCUCCAUCUCCGCCGCGGCCGACGCCGCGGAGUCCGCGGAGGUCGCGCCGGGCUCUCUGGAGGCGGAGGUGUCGUCGCUGGCGAGGAGCCUGCAGAUCCUGCGGAAGAUCCGGGAAAGCCAGCAGCAGUACUUGGAGCUUCUAGGUGUAAAAGUCGCAUAGCUGGAAUCCAGCGCCAAAAAAAGCGCCGCGCCUUUUUUUCCCCAUUUGCACAUACAUGAAACUCCAAUGCUGAGCGGAUUGGUCCUUGUCCCGGCUGGAAUCUGGCCCGCAGGCCUUGCUUAGAUGGUAAAGCUGCUUGAAUACUUCCCCAU